GCUUGUCGACUGUGUCAAUUUUAUCUUGCAUUUGAAAGCCACAGACUAGUGAACCCUGCAGCCAAGUUGAAUGCAGAGUCCAGAGCUGUUAAUAAGCCUGAGGAGGCUCUCUCCUUAGUUACCUAAAACAUGUGCUAAAGGAGCAGAGGAAAUCAGCUGGCUGAGACACCUAUCUCCUGUCACAGAGAUGGGAGACCUAAGAUGCCAAGCGGGGGCAUCUCAGUCCAGGGCAAAAUUCUUUGGGAUGUCACUGAAUUGCUUGCUUACAUCCUUUCUCAAACACCUUCUCAGGUCUCAGGGUGACCUGUUCAAUCUCUAUGUCUUGUCACAAUGCACGUUCACUUGUGUUCAUUCAUCUACCCACAGGGGCCUCCAAGGAGCCACCACCCACUCCAACCAGCCUCACAAAGAAGCAAGUGAAGCAGAAGGUGGAGAGUCUGACCACUCAGCUCCAGGUGAUGACCGCCCAACGCAAUGAUCUGAGAGAUGGCCUCAUCUUAGUAACCGAAGGAUCCUUGGACAACAGGCUCUACCACAGGCCAAAUCCUUUCUGGGAAAAGCUCAAGAUGGAACAUCAGCAGGUCAUGUCAGACCUGCAGAAUUUCGAGAAUGAGAAUAUGGAGGCCUCACAGAAGCUCAGUGAGCUGACCAAGGAGAAAGUGUUCCUUUGUGAUCUGCAGAGCUGGCUCCUGAUGGAGCAGAGUCAGCUCAAAAAGAAAUUGGACAUGCUGAGGCAAGAGAAGGAGAACCUACUGGAGGAUUGGGUCAGGCUGAAGCACCACUUGGGUGACUUGCAAGUGCUCAGUAAGGAUCAAGAAGAGACCAGUGACCUCCAGAACCAGCAACAGCAGUAUUUCUAA